CUCACCAGAGAAUCCAUACGGAGCGCCUACUGGGCUGGGUGCUGCCGACGUGUCAGAGUUGGGAUGCAGCCGGGGCCGGGCCACAGAGUCUCAGCGGGGCCGCAUAGAUGGCUAGGAACCGCGUAAGCAGAAACAUCAUUCUAGCCCCUGCUAAGUGCGGGGAAGACCACAUCAGGGCCUUGGGGAAAGGGAAGGCUUCUCGGAGAAGGUAUCAUCCGGUCCAGAGUGGCUUGCCAGCGAAGACUUUUUACGUCCAGAAAAAGGCAAGAUUCUGAGGCAGGGCCCAGUCUGCUGUGUUUGCAGAGCAGAAAAGAGGCUGGUGUGCCCGAAACACGAGGAUUGGAGGAUGUGGUCCAGUCUGAACGAGUGGCUGUGGCAGGACAGGUUCUGGCUACCACCCAAUAACUCAUGGACUGAACUGGAGGACCGGGAAGGCCUGGUUUUUGCACACCCCCAGGACAUGCUGGUGGCCCUGCCCCUGGCACUAGCCCUGGUAGCUAUACGUUUCACCUUCGAGAGAUUUGUCGGCCUGCCCCUGAGCCGGUGGCUGGGUGUGCAGGAUCAGGCCAGGAAGCUGGUGAAACCCAACGCCACACUGGAGAAACACUUCCUCAUGGAAGGAUGGAGACCCAACAAGCCUCAGAUAGCUGUCCUGGCCACACAGUGUGGUCUCACGCUGCGGCAGACUCAAUGCUGGUUCCGAAGACGCCGGAACCAGGACCGGCCUUGCCUGACUAAGAAGUUCUGUGAAGCCAGCUGGAGGUUUGUCUUCUAUCUGUGCUCCUUCUUUGGUGGCCUCUUGGUCCUCUACCACGAGUCAUGGCUGUGGAGACCAGCAAUGUGCUGGGACAAUUACCCAAACCAGCCCCUGAAGCCAGCCCUGUACUAUUGGUACCUCCUUGAGCUGAGUUUCUACAUCUCACUACUGAUUACAUUGCCCUUCGACAUCAGGCGCAAGGAUUUCAAGGAACAGGUGGCGCACCACCUCGUGACGAUCACCCUCAUCGCCUUCUCCUACAGCGCAAACCUGCUGCGCAUUGGCUCUCUGGUGCUGCUACUGCAUGACUCCACAGACUACCUGCUGGAGGCCUGUAAGAUGUUCAACUAUGCGCACCAGCGGCGAGUGUGCAAUUCUCUCUUCAUCAUCUUCUCCUUGGUUUUCUUCUACACUCGCCUUGUGCUCUUCCCUACCCAGAUCCUCUAUACCACAUACUACGAGUCCAUCGCCAACUCAAGCCCCUUCUUUGGCUAUUACUUCUUCAACUCACUUCUGGUGAUGCUGCAGCUGCUGCACGUGUUCUGGGCUUGUCUCGUCCUUCGUAUGAUCCACAGUUUCACAAAGAAAGGCCAGAUGGAGAAAGACAUUCGCAGUGACGUGGAGGAGUCAGCCUCAAGUGAAGAGGAGGAAGCCCAGAAGCAGCCCCAGCUCAAGAAUGGGGCAGCUCAAGUCCCCCAGGAAUCCCCCACUGAUGGCCCUCGGAGCCGGGCAGCUGGGUGGCUGGCCAAUGGGCACAUGUUGGCCACAUAGCUGGCUGGUGACUGGCUGUGAAGGGUUGCCCCUAGUACCUAGGGUUUGUGGGGUAGCUAGACUGGCGGCCCUUGGGCCAGCUCUGUGGAGACAGGGAAGGCCCCACCCCAGGGUAGGGGGCGCUGAUGAUCUGUCUCCAGCCCUUUUCUUCUGCCUACCUUCUCACCUUCCCUUAGGCCACUAGACAGAACUGGGUGUGGGCAGCAGAAGGAUGCUAAAGCUCACCGAGCCACCACCAGGCUAUAGCCUGGGGACUAAAGAGCCCCAGGCUGAAACAAGUACAAUAAAACGUGAAC